AAGGAGGAAAAAAUUAAGAAAAUGACUAAAGCUACUAUGAAAAAAGAGGAGAGAAGGAGAAGAAGGGAGAGGAAACGAAACCUCUUUUCUUCCUCCUCCUAGUUAUCUUAAUUUAUUACUUCCAUUUCUACAAUUCAUUUAACACGCAUUAUCUUUUUAUAUUCUCAUUUUUUUUAAAAAAACUCUCUUUUACCUUAUUUUGUGGGCGAAAGAAAAUCAAUAUUUUCUUCAUGGAGCCUACAAAACAACAAUGUCAACAGCCUCAACCACCGCAAAGUUGCCCUCCGCAGGGUUAUCCAGCUCAAGGAUAUCCGCUACAGGGUUAUAAUCCUCAAUCAGGUUAUCCUCAACAUGGUUAUCCCCAACCGUGUUAUCCUCAGCCAGGAUAUCCUCAGCAAGGUUACCCUCAGCCUUAUCCUGCUCAAGGUUAUUACCAGGGGCCUCCUGUGAUGGCACCACCUCAGUACGAUUAUUCGCGUCCGCCACGAAGUACAGGUAGCAACGGUGGAUCUGGCGCCAAAACAGGUUUUCUUGCAGGAUGCCUCGGAGCAAUAUGUUGCUGUUUCGCCGCUGAGGACAUAUGUGAAUGCUGCUGCUGUCUUGGGGAGUUGUUUUUAGGGUAAAAUUAAGUUUCCUUCCCAUAAUUUUUAAUGGUUGUUUAAUCCCUCCCUAUCUGUUGAGAGGUUGGGGAAGUCACUUCCCCUUCAUGUUUGGAAAUUGGAGGGUUGUGUGAAUGUAACUAUUGUUGUGUUGUACUUAAUAUUUGAAAAACUCUGAUAUGUAUUUGCAAAGUUUAUUGAUGAUGAUCAACUUCUGAGGUUGU